CGAUGUUUUGUAUUGUUGUGAUAUGAGGACGCAACACUAGCGAAGAGGCUACUUCGUUCGUGUAUAGAGACUAGAGCAGACGUAUGUUAGGUUGAAUUGUAAAAAAUGUCUGCUAAACUCAUUGUUACAUUGUUUUGCGUACAAUAUAUAUUUUUAACGAAUUGCCAAGAAGUGGCGAAGUUCUUCCGUAAAGACUACGUCUACAUUGACAGCACAAAGUCUUUUUACAAAAUCCAUACGAUACAUCGGGCGUGGGAAGAUGCUAAGGAAAUGUGUGACUUCGAAGGGGCCACGUUGUUUUAUCCAUACGAUGAAGACGAAGCCAAAGCCGUCAUAAAUUACUGGAACCAGACCCUACCGUUCCCAUGGAUAUUUAUAGGUGUAUCCACACCCAACGUUAGGGAAGUUUUUGAAACGGUAGACGGUUUAUCUAUAUCUCAGGUAUACGAUAAUUGGGGUCUAGGAGAGCCUAACAACGCCGGUGGGACCGAAGGCUGUGUAGUUUUGAGAAAGGACGGCACCCUUAAUGAUGACAAAUGUGCCGGAAAAUUGCCUUUCAUUUGUAAGAAAACGUUAAAUACUUUGGAAUGGAACAUGCUCUGUGAUUUACCUGAUAUGGGAUACGUAUACAAUGAACUAGGGAGAUGCUAUAAAUUCCACUUGAACCCUCGCAGUUGGUAUGAAGCCGUCAAAAUCUGUGAUGCAGAACAAUCGUACCUCGCUAUCAUAAAUUCAGAUGCAGAAGCAGAUGUCUUGGUUAACAUCACAAAAAACGCUCCAAAAGACGACAUCGAGGACACAAAUUACCUGAAUGGAGCCGUUCAUUUAGGAUUUAAAUUUAACCACAUUUGGAAAACUAUCAAACAUGAAUCAUUAAGGCGGAGCGGGUAUUCACAAUGGGGAGUCGGCCAGCCGGAUGGAAAGGGUAAAGAAACAUGUGGCUCGAUGUUUUUCAAUGGAAAACUGAAUGACAUAUCCUGCGACCUGAGAUGUUUCUUUAUUUGUGAACACGAACCCGCCAUCUUGACGACGGAAUACGACUUCAGGAAAUAAACAUACUAAGCUGUUGGAGUAGCUGGGGUUGAGUAUAUUAAUAAAAAUAGCUUAUGUAACGAAUAAAUACUCAAGUGACUAACAAUCUCUGCUGGCCAAAGAUAAACAUCAAGAAGUCUAUUAGAUAAGCGGGAACAAUAUGAUAGAAGAAGACACAGAGCUCGUGCAACAGUUUGCUAUGCCGUAUGUUCCCGUCUGGAUACCAUAAUGGCAUUUCGAAAGGAUAUUUUCGGACCGUCGCCUUUCCUACGUCGAGAACCUCCUUCCACGUAUUGUUCCUAUCGUCACCUGUAGUUAGAUUGAACACAGGUAUUUCUUGUGACCUGUAAUAUAUUUAGUUACUAUUAUUAUUAGGAAAAAAAUAAUUUUAAGAUAUCUUAUAUUUGUUUAGCUUAAAUUUUUGUGAAUAAAAUAUGUAUAGCGAGCGUUGAAAACAUAUGACAAAUAACACUUAAUGUAACCCAACUGAUAAUAAGACGUGUUUUUUAACUAAAUAUAGAGGUUUCUAGCUUUGA